AUGGGCACAACUAUUGUACACUCCGUGCUUCUCUUUGACGGAAAUACGACCCACCAGGACGCCACCAUCGCGUUUGAGGCCGAAUCUGGCAUCAUAAGAUCUGUCACUGUCGGGACGAAACUACAAGCCACUCCAGAUGCAUCGGUGAUUGACGGCAAAGGGUGCACGUUACUGCCCGGCUUCAUUGAUUCGCACAUCCACUGUGAUGCACCAGGAGUAUUGGACGGUGGAGAGGAGAGUGGUAUAUCACAAGCUGCACUCAGAUGUGGAAUCACAACUGUCUGCGACAUGCACUCCGACCCAGUCGCUGUCAAGCGAUGGCGGUUAAGAGUAGCUAAUGAGCGAGAGCAGGCCCUUCAAAUGGGGGGAAAGGUCAGCAUGCCUGAUCUCAAGAGCGCCUUGUACGCAGCUACUGUCAGUCAUGGGUAUCCAAAGUCACUCCUCUUGGGCGAGAACCCUUCGGAUGAGUUAAAAGCUACCAUCAAUUCCUGGCCAAGUGUCACAGAGGACACGGCAAGCGAGUACGUGAAAAACAGCAAAGAGAACGGAGCAGAUUACAUUAAGCUAUUCCAGGAGGAUUGCAAGUGCUUCGCUGUCCCCACGGGAUGUGUUCCCAUACCAACGAUCACAUUGCAACGCGCCGUUACUGCAGCUGCUCAUGCGGAGGGACUACUCGUGCUUGCACAUGCGAACAGUGUCGAGUCUUCCGAACUCGUUCUCGAUGCUGGAGUCGACGGCCUGACACACACAUUCGUAGAUCAAUAUCCCACGACACAGAUUGUUCAGAAGUACAAGGAGACGAACGCCUUCCUUAUUCCAACACUCACUGCACUGUCAACAUUGACAGGCGAGGCACAGGAUUUCAGAGACGAGUUUGCAAAGGCCGCAGAGCGGAAGAGACUGGUGGAUCCAAAAACUCUGGAAUUGAUGCGAAAAUCCGUAUCCUGGAGCGAUCAUGGCGUCAAGUUCGAGUACGCAGUUGAAUCUGUCAGGGUGCUGAGAGCACAGGGUAUCGACAUUCUUGCGGGGACUGACUCUAUGCCCGGACUCAAUGGCACCGCUUUGGGGCCAAGUUUAUGGAUGGAGCUCGCCAUGUAUCACCGCCUAUGUGCCAUGAGUACUCUUGAAGUUUUACGAUCAACAACAUCAGUGCCUGCGAGGAGAUUCGGAUUUGAUGACCGCGGAGUUGUUGAAGCAGGCAAGAGAGCAGAUCUCGUACUGGUACGCGGCGACGUUGUUCGGGAUCUGCAAUGCCUGUGGGAAGGCGAUGGGAUCCUAAAGGUUUGGAGGCAGGGCAUAGAAGCCACGCUGUAA